AACAAACUGCAGCACUGGAAGAACGUGCACCCCUUGGCGUAUCGAGACGCUUAUGUGUCUGAGUGUGCGCCCCAUAUCUUUGCACCGUUUGUGCGGCUGGCGUUGCUGCAGUGGAAUCCGUUGGAGCCUCUGACCGACUCUGGCACGGGGACUUCGAAAUCGUUCGAGGGUGCGUAUUCUACUUAA